AUGAGUGCGUGUGCUGCUGUGACGAACGCAGAAGAGGAGGACAGCGAUGUGGACGCGUGGGCCGUGGAGCUUGAGGCGGCGCUGGACUGUGGACGAGAUGAUACGUGUCGCUUGGUGGGUGACGGGUCUGCUCAUCGGUCGGAUGCAAUUGGACCGAUGGAAGUGACCAAAGAAGUGGGAGUGGAGGAGGAGGAAGAGGAGGAGAAAAAAGAGGCGGAAGGAGGUGAGAUGGUCGACAAGGCAGCGGCAGUCGAAGCUUCUGGUUGGUCAGCUGCUGCGACGUUGCCGCACGAAGUGCUAGCGCUCAUCCUCAGCUUCGGUCAAGUCGGGCGCGUGUGCAAGUCGUGGAGUCUCGCAAGCAUUGCAGUCGCCCGUCGUCGCUUCUCGUCGCGACUCACGGACAUUUUGCGUCCCUUGGACUCGAAAGCAGUGAUACUGGCGCUGGAUGUGGAGGAGGAACUCUAUGCAGCAUACGGUCAGAGGUGCGGCCACUCGUUGACGAAAGCGUACGCGCACAAGGCACGAACGCUGCUAUUCAACCUGAAGGAUGCACGGAACGUCGAUCUGCGCAACCGACUCGUGUCGGGUGACCUGCCGACGCACAAUCUGGUGCGCAUGAGCGGCCCCGACAUGGCCAAUCCGCAGCUCGUGCGUCAGCGGAAGGAGUGGAUCAAGAAGCGCACACACGAAGUGAUGCGCGACGGCCGCGAAGUCGAGGGCUUCGAGUCGGACCUGUUUGAGUGCCGCAACUGCGGCAGCUCACGGACACGCUAUCGCCAGUGGCGUCGCAAGGCUGUGGUCGACCGUACGCGGAUCAUCAUCAUAUGUCUGAGGUGUCCGUAUCGAUGGGAGCUGUAG